AAUUCAACCCUUAAAAAAACAAUAAAAUGUUGCGUUUUCCCUUAUUUUUCGUGUUAUUUCUCAAAGCCUCCAGCUACCAGCUAGUACCAAGUGACACACCUGGACUAGGUGAAUCAAGGACGGCAUAUGAUGAUUUUAUGGAUAUUCUAAGAACUUCUGCCCGAUGUUACAUGUACUUCGAGCAAUUGUGUGAAGGCAAACAUUAUGGGAAAGUUGCAAAAUGUGCGGAAGAAAUUCGAAGAGAUCUUUUUGAGCAAUACGUGGAAUUCCGUACAUGUGAGCUGACAGAAGAUACAAUUCGAGACAUUUUUAAGGUGUACUGUCAGGCGAAGAGUUAUGUACCACUUGCAUUAAAUAUUUGGAUUCCUCCUCCAUUUCUAGAAGGAAGUUAUACAUGGGAUUUGAAUCAAGAAUCUCCAUAUAAUCGCCUUUACCACAUGGCUCGUCAGGCAGAAAAUCAAUAUAUGGAGAAAUUUCAACAACUCAAAAAUGAGCAAUUGGCGCAAUCUGAGAAAAAACGGGAUUUGGAUGAAUUGGAAUUUUUUCUUCGGAGACUAACAACUUUCUGUUUGUGGAUGAUGUUUGGAUCGUAUUCAGUUCUAGUAACCGUGUCAAUUAUUAAAACUAUCUACUUCAAUCAUUAUUUUUAUAUCAUUCAAUACGAAGAAGGUGAUGAUGACGAAGUGGACGAAAUAAUGCGACGAGAGCAUAAAAUAAAUAAGUGGUUGUACAAUAUUUCCAUGAUCGUUUUUAUUAUUGUAUUCUUGGCUAGGGAAUAUCUCAAAUGGAACUAUGCCCUAGAUAUCAAAUACUUGUUGUGAUUUUUAAUAAAAUAAAUUAUGAAUAU